AUGGACGAUUCUAAAAUUCGCUAUUUCUGUAAGGCGGAUGAGCUAUUUGGUGUAUUGGAGGCAGCACAUCUCAACAUGGGACAUAAAAGAAAAAGAGAUGUUUUCGGCACAAGAUUGAUAUCGCGAAGUAUAGUUAGACAUGUUAGGUAUGUAGUAAAGUGUCAAUUGAAGAAAAAGAUACCAAAACAUGGAUUAGUUGUACAACUUAUUUUAUCUGACUACAUGAACUCUCGAUGUCAAGUGGACUUGAUUGACAUGCAGUCAGAGCCAGAUAAAGAUUAUCGAUUCAUUAUGAAUUAUCAAGAUCAUUUAACCAAAUUCACAAUUCUUCGUCCUCUUAAGACGAAGACUGCCGAGGAAGUGGCCUACCAACUCAUAGACAUAUUUUGUUUAUUCGGUGCCCCAUGUAUACUUCAAAGCGACAAUGGUCGUGAAUUCAGUCAGGGUUCGGUUGAAAGGUCGAACCAAGAUAUUCGUGACAUACUGGUAGCGUGGAUGGCUGACAAUAAUACGGAAAAAUGGUCUGAAGGACUCCGAUUUAUUCAAAGUAAGAAGAAUCGAGCUCUCCAUUCGGUAAUUAAGACAAGUCCUUAUGAGGCUAUGUUUGGAUCAGCGCAAAAGAUCGGACUUGCGGAUUCCUCUCUUUCCAGUGACAUGUAUUCUUCUAUAGAAACUGAAGAAGAAUUGGAACAACUUCUUUCUUCGGUAAAGAACAAUGAUCAAGAUAAGACUGAUGAAGAAGAAGUUAACGAACAAUCUAGUGAAGAUAAAAAUAUACCUCAAGCUGGAGAGGAGCUUACAAGUGUUCAGGAUGUCAUCAAUAUAUUUACGUUAUUUGCGGAGAAUAAUGAGGGUUUCGGACAGAACGUUACUUGCAAGCUCUGUAUAAGGAAGAACAGUAUCAGCGUUGAGAGAGAAUGUGCUAAAUCUGGUCAAAAACAACAAGCACAAAAAAUGAUUUCAUUUUCUAAUUCAAAAUUUCCUAAAGUUGAUAUUCGAACUAGUGUAGCGGUCAGAGUGCCUGACGUUGAUAAAGGACGCGUAGCUCCCAGAAAUGUCUUAGCUGUUGUUGCCGGAAUUAAUUCAUCAGGGCUUUAUCAAUUAGGUACCAAAGAAGGGCUCCUUGAGCGAUUUUAUGCUCGCAAUGAAUUUAUAGUUGCUGAGAGCAACUUUAUUCAACUGCAAGACGUACUUCACUAA